GGGCGCGGGGCGGAGCGGCCACGGUUGCGGAGGGGGUAGGGCUGCGCUGCUGCCACCGAACCCGAGCCGGGCAAACAAAGCGAUCGUCGGUCCGCGCGUUCGUCCGUGCCGGGGGCCGGAGCCGCGGCCAAGCGAAGGGUGCCCACGAGCUCGCUCCGGGGCAUGGCUGAGCCCCCCGGGCCGGCCCCAGCCCCAGUCCUGGCCCGGGUCCCGCCCGCAGCCCUAGUCCCAGCCCCGUUCCCAGUCCCGGCCCCAGCGCGAUCGGGACGCCCCGUGCUGCCGCCCUAGUUGAGAGCUGCCUGCCAGGUGCUUGGCCACCAUGAAGCUGAACGAGCGGAGCCUGGCCUUCUAUGCCACCUGUGACUCACCAGCGGACAACACGGGCUUCCUAUACAAGAAGGGUGAGCGCCACACGGCCUACCACAGACGUUGGUUUGUGCUUAAAGGGAACAUGCUCUUCUACUUUGAGGACCGUGACAGCCGUGAGCCUGUGGGCGUCAUCAUCUUGGAGGGCUGUACAGUAGAGCUGUGCGAGGCCGCCGAGGAGUUCGCUUUUGCCAUCCGCUUUGCCGGUGCUCGCUCGCGCACGUACAUCCUGGCGGCUGACAGCCAGCCAGCCAUGGAGGCUUGGGUCAAGGCCCUUUCCCGUGCCAGCUUUGACUACAUGAGGCUGGUCGUGCGCGAGCUGGAGCAGCAGCUGGAACAGAUGCGGUCGGGGGGCAGGCGGAAGACUGAGCCCCUGGUCCCCCCACGGCGGGAACGCUCGCUGCCCUCGAGUGGCCCCAAGGAGAACGGCUGUGCCGUAUGGAGUCAGGAGUUACCCAGCUUACCCAAUGGGACCCUCCCCAGGACGAGCCACGAGGGGGCCCCGAGGCCCCCCCCACUCCCACCCCGUCGGAAGCCCUCCCUGGGCAACAGCCCCAUCCCCUUGCUGGUCCCUGAGACUCCUUUCACCCCAUGCGCCACCACCUUCUCUCAGCUUCAUGACUGGUAUGGCCAGGAGAUUCUGGCCCUGAGGCGUGAGUGGCUGGAGAGCCGAGGCCAGCUGUAACCCAGCCUGUGGAAAACUUGGGGACAUGGGGCUGGAAAACAUUGGCUCAUCCAGACUCAUGGUCCAUAUAGGGGAAAAAAAAUCUCCUUUGCUGGAAAGUCCCUGACCUGAGGCUCCCAGGGAGGGUCCAUCUGGGAGGCCUCAGCUCAUGGUCUUCCAGAUGGAAACAUCUCUUUUUCCCCUCUGACUCACACUUGGCCCAUUGACUGCUGAUCCUGGCACUGGACAGCGGGCAUCUGAGUACAGGCAGGAGCCUGCAGGACCGGCCCUGUCAGGGCAGGGUGGCUGUCUGGGUCAGCCACCCAGCCCAGACCUUGCCCAGCCACUCAGUCCGGAGUGAAGGAGGGUCGGGCUUUGUAUGUGGUUUGUGGCCGACUCUAGAACCGGGCUGGCAUCGGGCCUGGGGCCUCUCCUGGGUGGCCUCCUUCUACAGUAGGGGAAGCGGGGAGGGAGGUCAUGUGCCCGGGACCCCACUCAAACGGUACAGUGUAUGUGUCUGUGUCUCUGCGCGUGUGUGUCCUCUCCGUAUCGAGUGCAUCAUCGUUUACAAAGCAUCCUUCCUUCUCCUCACCACUCCCCAAGGGGCCAGGUUUACUAUGCCCACCCUCCAGUAUGUCAGGAAUCUGGGACGUCCUUGGUGGGUACAUGCUCCCUUCACCCACACAGAUAGCAACUUGCACCUGCUCCUCAGGUCAUCUGGGGAGUUGUUGUGACCUCUCUAAAUGGGCUACCUCCCAUCCUCUCCCAGUAUGAAAAUAGUUCUGUCUCUGGGCUCCUCCCUCAGCCCAUUUUACUGAUAUGAAAACUGAGGCUCAGAGAGGAGAAAUGAUCAGAGCUAGAAGAAACCUUUGACAUCCCCUAGCCUGAGCUCCUCGUUUUACAUGUGUCAGGGCCGUAGUCCUUGUUAGCUGAUGUUUCUAUAAGGACUUAACUUUGCUAAGUGCUUAUAUCCAUUAUUGUCUGAUCCUCACGACCACCCUGUGAGGUGGGUGCUAUUGUCUGACCCUAUUUACAGAUGAGGAAACUGAGGCCUGUAGCGAUGGCCUGGCUCACCAGGGUUGCACAGCUAACAGGUGUCUUGAGGUGGGCUCUGCAGCCAAACCCCCCACCCUCUUACUCCGUUGUGCCCCUGGCCCAAGGUCAUGAGUAGCAGAGACAGGAUAAUGAUUCCUGGUCUCCUGACUUCCAGGCCCGUGGUCAUUCUGUGCCCGUUCUGUUAAAGCUGGUUUUUUUUUUCAGAUCUAAGGCCAGUGAGAGGGCACUGUGAGUGUCUAGGGAUGUGCCGGCAUCCUGAGCUGGGCCGUAACAGUGUGGGGUCCCUGGGGAGGGGGAACUCUGCUCCCUGACUCAAGAGCACAAUUCUUUCAACUAUGCAAAAGGAUUUCUGUUUCUUCAGCCCUCCCUGGAGAAGCCGUGUGUGAUCUAAUGUGGAGGGGGGUGGACCUGGCCUUGGGAGCCAGAAAGGCCUGAAUUCAAAUCCUCACACACCAACAAGUCCCUUAACUUCUUCAGUGCCUUCAGGUAAUCCUUUGACUCCGUGUCACAGACAUCCAGGGCUAGGGGGCAUUUCCACACUGGGAGUUACCCAUACUGACCAAGUCAUGGGUCCUGAGCCCAUCAUCCCCCACAAAAAUCCUACUCUUCUUCAGACCCUGGUGGUCUCAUUGCUUCUGCCUCCCCUUCCAGUCCUCUGAAAGAAUGCCCAGGCAGAACCCUGAGCUCUUACAGCUGCUAGGAACCUUGGUCACCAGCUGGCCUGGCCCAGCCCCCGCGUUUGCCAAAGGAUGGUGCUGGGUCCUGCAUUGGUCGGAUGCGAGGGUUCCAUCCUGAGCAUCCUGCCACCAGAUCCAAGGCUUGCCUCACCCACAUCCUGCUGCCAGUCAAACAAUCCUCAGUCACUAACAGGGCACCUACUCUGUGCCCACCACUGGUCUUGGUUUUGAGGCUACAGGAGCAGGACAAUUCCUGACCCCCGGGAGCUUGCUGUUUCUUUGCUGCCUGGGGUUCAUUUAUGUUUAAUACCUUCUCCAUCUGGAAAAUUGCAGGAGUCUAAUUCAAAAUUGCCCUCAGGAGGCAUCAUGGCUAGGGGGAUGGGGGAGCCAGGAAGCCCUGGGGGACCGGGACUUGGGACAACUUUCUAAGACUUAGGAGCUGCAGUGGUGGAAGGAUAGCCCUCAUCAAUGAAAUUUCAAGUCUAGUCCAUCCAAAAAAAAAAAUUCAAGAUUUAUAACUGUGUCAUGAGUAAACACUGGCUUUCUGGGCUGCCCUUUCUUGGAAUGUAUGCUUGGAGCUGGGCAGUUCUCUACCACUGGCAGACUUCAAGGAGAGGUCAGACAAUCGUUUGUUGGGUAUGUCAUGGGAGGAUUCUUGGUCAGGUACGUAGGCAGGUGGUUUUGGCCCCUUCCAGCUCCCAUCCCAGCCAUUGUUCCCAGAGCCAUGGAGUUCAGGGGUGGGGGUGUCUUCUUGGUAGCUUGUUUGUCAUUGGAUGAACUGGAAUGGCCUCCUUAGAGGCCAUCACCUCCAACGCCCUCAUUUUACGGAAGAGGAAACUGAAGCAGACAACGAUGAAGUGAUGUUCCCAGGGUCACAUGGCUAAGUGUCUGAGGUAGGAUUUGAACUCAGGAUUUCUCUGUGAUACCUAGCUUGACAUUCAAGAGGUGGUAGUGUGACAACCCCCCUGGCCCAGGGUUUGAGAAUAAGGUCCCCAUAAGAUGCUGGAUGCUGCCUCUCCCGUGACUUAAUGACAUGUUUCUAGUUCUUAGUAUGUGACGUGUUUCUUGUGUGGAUAAGUGUGCUGGUGGGUGGGUCUCCUAUUGGGACAGAGAGGGAGAGGCUGUGGGGCGAAUGGAGAGGGACCUGUUUGUCCCCAUUCCAGGCUUGCCUGCAGAGGCCUUCAAGGCCAAGUUUCUGCCUGGCUCUCUACCAUUUCACUGCUGGCCCGGUGGGUAUGGAGUGGGGCUUGGGGUAAUUUUUUUUUUUUAAAGAACUUAGGGCUUUCCCAGGCACUUUGUGAUUUGUGGGAUGUCUUCUUUCUCUGGUCCGUGCAUGGUGAUUGGAUUUGCAAAGGAAUAUUGGGGCUGGAUCUUCUUAAAGAAGCCAUUCCUGGAGGGGGCAUCUACUGGGAAGUAGAAUGACUGAAAGCCUCCCCCCACCCCCCAAUUCGUUUUUCCUCUCUCUCACAGGCCCUUGCCAGGGCUGGAACAGUGGGGGAGCAGGGGUUACACUCUCACCCCUCUAACUGUCUAAAGUAACUACAGGUGGCUUUUGAGGCAGGUCAGAUAUGAACCUCCAUUACAGAUGAGUCACUGAGGCCAGAGAAUGACUUGCCAUGCCCAUGCUCUAGAUCUGGGGACACAGGACUUGGGUUUAGAUCUGAUUGCUGAAGCUCUUUAGCUGUGUGAGCUUGGAUAAAUCCGGUAACUUCAUUUUCCUCAGUUUCCUUAAUUGAACAUUAAAGGGUGAGAAUAGCUUGCUGGUAAAGUCCCAUCUUGCUGUAGAUUAGACUUAGAAUUCCAGGCGAAUAUUAGAGUGGAGAGCACAACCCAGGUGUCCUGACUCUCAGGGUGCCUUCCUAUGCUACAGAAUGAAGGGGUUCGACCCUUGGUCUGUUUAGGUCGUGGGUGAAGAAGGCAGGGUCUGUCUAGUCCGAGCUCUGAGCUCCAGGAGGGUGGCUUAGAAAACUCAACAGGUCCCAAGCCCAACCCAGCCUCCUUUCCAAGUCCUGGGGUGUGGCUGAGGGUUUCCAAACUUUUCAUAGUCAUCAUGAGAAGAGAGCCAGCCUCCCAGCCAGGAAGAUCUGGGUUCAAGUCCCAUCUCUGACAUAUAUCUCCAUACUGCUUGUGUGAUGCUGGUCAGAUUAUUAAACCUCCCAGUUCUAGUCCAGACAACUCUCUAGAGCUAAGUUGCUCAGGAGGUGCUACCAUGCAUCGGGAGAGGGUUUCCUCACCCAGGAGUUCCCUGCACAGGUUCAGUCUUCAUCCGUCUUCCUUGACUAGAGAGAAAGCUUAUGGUGGGUCUGAAGCACUAUGCUCUGUGGGGGAGUGGGAGCUGGUUUGGGGCAGGGUCAUCCCCAUAGAUGGUCCCAGGCCCCCUCACUGAGAGACCCAGCCCAGGGCCUUCAGGGAAGCACAAAACAAGAAGUGCCUUCUGGGAACAGGUCAGGACCUAGAGGGGGGACCUGAGAAGGCUGGGAAUGGAGGGUGGGAAUUCCUGAGGGCUGAAAUAAAUGGCCUUUGUG